GUCCGUAUUUUAAUUAAAUUUUCCGGGUACAUUUUAAAAGAAGCCCCGGGGUCGCUAUAGCCAGUACUCUUCUGGACACUCCUCUUAGCGGUUUUCCCGUUACCUUAAAACCCGAGAUCCAAUUCCAAAUUGGCGCAGGCACUGUGCGUCCGACAUGAACAAGUUGAAGAUGCGUACAAAAACUUGCGCGUGCGUCGUGAUUAGCGUGCUGCUUGCACUGUGUAUAACUGCAAAUGGUGCUCCACCGGGCCUUAAGAAACCGGCUGAGAACCUAACGUAUCCACUAGAAGUUCCAAUGCCCUGCAACUCCUGCAAGCCAGCCGCGCGAGUCACCGCUAACCAGCCAGACAACAAGUUCGCUAGACCAUUCGUCCUACUGUCUCCACCAAAGCAAGUCAAGCAAGUGACCGCAAGCAUGCCAGCCCACGUGUGCCAACGCCGGCCGCUGACCGUCCAAUUCGAAGACUUAGGAUGGAGCGAGUACAUACUCGCUCCGAACGACUACGACGCCGGCUACUGUUCCGGCGAGUGUCGGCCUCAGAACCUCCCGAACGCGACCAACCACGCCAUCAUACAAGCACUCGUGAACAGACUGGAGGACGCCGUCGGUGUGCCGAGGCCGUGCUGCGUGCCGACCGAGCUCGAACCUGUUGCUUUGUUAUAUAUUUCCGAGGAAAACAAUGUCGUGCUUAAAAAUUAUCCUAACAUGAAAGUUAAGAGUUGCGGUUGCCUAUAAACUACAUAUACCUAUUGUUACCUACUAAAAUAUC